GUGAUAAAUAGCCGCAGAAACAGGGCUUGGUUCUGCCAGGCUUCAUCCCUGAGAAAGCACACGCUUCCAUUGGAGAGAUCCCGUUGGCAAAGAGCGAGCGGGAGGAGGACGCAGGAGAUAUUUAUUGUUGACGAAGGGGCGCAGUGUACAUCCCUCCAGCUCAUGUAACCAGACAGCGUUUGGUUGGAGACAGUUAUUCUACAGCAGCAACUUCCAUAUAAAAAGGAAGAAGAAAGGAAAGGGGAAAAAAGGCCAAAGAAGACGGCGAAAAAAUGGGACAUAGCGCAAUUCCUAUAUUGUUGGCAGUGUUGUUCCAUCUCGUGUGGGAAAACGUCGAGGCUCUGGCUUUGACUGAAGUGAAUGGACCGGGCCCUCAGGUGGCGGAGCCUCAGAUCGCCAUGUUCUGCGGCCGCCAGCUCCUGUACAUGAACGUGCAGACGGGCCAGUGGGAGCCGGAUCCUCAGGGACGCCAGGGCUGCUUCAAGGAACCAAGUGAAAUCCUGUCCUUCUGCCAGGAGAUGUACCCAACGCUCUCAAUUAGCCACAUAGAGGAGUCCAAACAUCCUGUUCCCAUCCCUGGCUGGUCCAAGAAAGGCUGGGGCCACCUAAUAGUCCUGCCUUACCGCUGCCUGGAAGGCGAGUAUGUGAGCGAGGCUCUGCUGGUGCCCGACAGAUGCCGCUUCCUCCACCGAGAGCAGAUGGAUGCUUGUGAGAGUUACGUGUACUGGCAUAACAUUGCUAAGGAGGCAUGCACAGCCGACAACCUGGAGCUGCACAGUUACGGGAUGCUGCUGCCAUGCGGCGACCAUUUCCGCGGCGUGGAAUACGUGUGCUGCCCCGGCAGAGGCAGUUCUGGCGGAAAAGGCGAGACGGAGGAAAAAACCACCGCCGGUGGUCUUCAAGCCCUCACGCCCCAGACCGGCGGGAAGCUCAUCUCUGUCACCAAAGUGACAGCUCCCACUCCAAGCCCCUCCCCUGACACCGACGUGGAGGAAGCCGACAUGGAGGAGGAGGAUGAUGAGGUGGUGGAAGAAGAGGAGGAGGAGGAGGAAGCUCUUGAUGAAGAGGACAUGGAUGAAGAGGAUGAUGAAGAGGAGGCAAUAUCUGUGAAGGAUCAGGACGAGUAUGAAUACCCUAUUGACUCAGGUCCUUACCAGACGUCAGACUAUUUGGACUCUUUUUACUAUGAGAAAAGCCACAAACCCACCACCUCUGCGCCUCUCAUGAGGGGAGACAGCUUGACCACGUCUCGGCCCACGGACGGCGUUGAUGUUUAUUUCGAAAAGCCCGUGGAUGACACUGAGCACGCCAACUUCUUGCGUGCUAAAACAGACCUGGAGGAGCGCCGAAUGAAGCGCAUCAAUGAGAUCAUGAAGGAAUGGGCUGAGGCUGACAACCAAUCCAAAAAUCUGCCAAAGUCAGAGCGGCAGGCCCUCAAUGAGCACUUCCAGUCUGUGCUGCAGACUCUGGAGGAGCAGGUGGCUGGAGAGAGGCAGAGGCUUGUGGAGACGCAUCUGGCCAGAGUUGAGGCGAUCCUGAACAACAACCGUCGCGUUGCCCUGGAGAAUUACCUGAACGCCGUUCAGUCUGAUCCUCCUCAGCCAGAGCAUGUGCUGCAGGCGUUGAAGAGGUACAUGGCUGCAGAGCAGAAGGACCGCAGACACACACUGAGACACUACCAGCAUAUUGUGGCUGUUGACCCCCAGAAGGCUGAGCAGAUGAAAUUCCAGGUCUACACACAUCUCCACGUCAUUGAGGAGAGGAUGAACCAGAGUCUGGCCCUGCUGUACAAGGAUCCCAUGCUGGCUGAGGAGCUCCACAGCGACAUUCAAGAACUGGUGAAGUCAGAGCGAGGAGACAUCAGUGAGCUCAUGACCACCUCCUUCUCUGAGACUCGCACCACGGAGGAGCUCCUGCCAGCUGAGAGUGAGGAAGAGAAGGACGAUGAAGAGGAGGAGGAGAGGGCCUUCCAGAACAGACCUUAUCCUCCACGCAUUGAAAUGCAGCCUAAUAAGAAAGAAGAUGAAUAUGACUAUACAACAUCUGAGAGAGCAGCUACCUAUGAAGAUGAGGAAAAGAUCAACAACUCUGCAGAUGUCAAACAGACGAACAAGCUUAACGAAAUUGCAAGUGAUGAACUGCCCCCUGAUGCCUUGGAGACGUUUAACCGAGGCGCCAUGGUGGGGUUGCUGGUGGUGGCCGUAGCUAUAGCUAUGGUCAUGGUCAUCAGCUUGCUGCUGGUGCGCAGAAAGCCCUACGGCACUAUUAGCCAUGGUAUUGUAGAGGUCGACCCCAUGCUGACACCAGAGGAACGGCAGCUCAACAAAAUGCAAAACCAUGGCUAUGAGAACCCCACCUACAAAUUCUUUGAGCAGAUGAACUGAAGCAUGUUGGGGCCACCAGCAAGUCAUGCCUGACCACCUGUUUUGUUCCCCUCCCCCUCUUCAAAGUAGUGACCCGGCUACGCCCCCUACAAUAGAUUAAUGUUGUGUUGCAAGUUAUGAAACAAUGAAGCGGGGGUCGCUCCCUGAGACCCUCCUGUCCUCAGAAUGUGAAUAUUGAGGUUUAAACACUAUCCUGUAUUAACUGCUCUCAUUUUUUGGGUUAGUAGCGUCACAACAUUUCAUAGACUCGCUUCACCUCAUCCCCCCCCCCCCGUGGCAUGACUUGACCUACUGCUCCUACAAAACUGAAUGGUGCAUACGCUUUAUAGUAUUUAUUUUUCUGUAGUAGUCCCUUUGUUCUGUUCGUACCACGAUUAGACAUGAAGUAUCUGUGUAGGUGCGUGUGAGUGACAGCCUAUUUAAACUACAGUCUCAAUGGUUAGCAUGCAGAGGGACAAAGGGGGGUCCCAACAAAUCGAUCCCCUUAGAUAACACUUUGCGAGGGGGUUUAGGUGAGAUCGUUGAAUGUAUGCAGCAACCAGGCUUUAAAUUAAAACAAAGAUGGCUAAAGGAUGUGACACAAAAAACUGAAAAAUAAUUGAUUUUUGAGGCCCUGCCCUCAUUAUUUUAAACAGUCAAAUUAAAUAUUUAAUUUAGCCAAUUUAGUCUGUGAAGGGAAGUUGUUUUUUUUUUCUUCUGCUACCAAAAUAACCGUAAGACGGAAAACAAUCCGAACUAAAUUUUUGGAUGGAAGCAUGACAAGUCGGUGUAUGACGCUGCAGUAUUUAUUUGUGUUGUUCUCGUCAUCGCUUUCGAAAGAGGCGGAAAUGUCACUGUUCCGAACCAACACUGUAAAUAAAGGAAGUACGCGCGACACGGUGAGGACAUUUCUCUGAUUAGUUUGCAUCAGUGUAAUGGAAUUAAAAAAAAAGAAAAAAAUCAUUUUUAAAAAAGAAAGAAAGAAAAUAAAUAGUAACAUUGUGCUGUUAUGAGAAGGAGACACACUUCUAACAUGGCUGAUUGAAAACGGACUGUUGUAAAAACCAGCACAAGACAACGACACAGCUACUACUUUCUGAAUGUAUUUGAGGUAGACGUUAAGACCCCCGUCCUCUCUUCAGUAACCCCCCUCUUUAGUAGUGAACCAAGUAGUGAAGCUCAACUUCUUUCGAAAAAAAAAACAUUAAAAAAAAAAGACUUAUCCGAUUCCCUUGCCGUCAUUUUGUGUAGCAAUCAAAUCAUCUUCACAUUUGGCAGAUGUUUUAUCAGAGGAACAGCUGGGUAUCUGAGUCUGUACGAAGCAGAGACGUGUACAGAAGACACAUCUAUAGUCAUGUGAAGCAUCAGUGUGUGAAUUACUUCGUAGAAACAACACACCGCUCUGGCAUGAAAGUAGUUUUGUUCGUGCAGAAAAUACGGCACUUUAAACAAUUUUAGACACGAAUGAUCAAACCUUGUUGAAGUCUCAUUAAAGCUGAAACCUUUCACUGAAUUACUCAUUGUAGUAAACACUUGUAUUUAGAAAAAAAGGUUAAAAAGGGACUCCCCCCUUAUUUUUAAUUACUAAUUGUUUACUGCUCAUUGUGUGAAUUUUGUCUUGUUUAGUCACUAAACAGCAUCAUUUGUGACUUUUCCUAACCAUCUUGGUUGAGAAAGGUCGCAGCGUGGAAUGUGGCUUUUGAUUCAUCAGUUUACAUGUUAUUGUACGGACAAACCAAAUCACAAUCAAGUUGUGCUUUAUUUGCAUCUUUCCACUGACAACUUUUUUUUUCUAAAAACCUGCAACGUAUUUAUUUAUUUUCUCUGUUCUUUUGGGUUAAUUCCUCAAUGAAGUUCAGAAAAAAGUUUUUCUUUGCUAGAAAAAAACGAUAAUUGGACCGUCUGAGCUCAGUUUAGCAUUUUGUUUGUCUUGUCAGGCAGGUAAAAAUCAGGUUGUGGGUGCGUUAUGUAAGGUAAAGAGAAGUCAUAGCUCCUGUAUAAAUUGUACAGCUCUGUUACUGAAUAAAAUAAUUGUAUGUUCACAGUUUAAGUCAGUCGAUCUUGUAAUGAUACUACUGAAACCAUAGAUGAGAAUAAGCUUGCCUGUGUUUUUUCCCAAACCACUGAAGGUUUCCUACCAGCAUUUAGCAGACUUAGAAUGGUGUAUAAUAUAGUUAUUCAAAUCACAUUUGUACGUAUGUCCUCUGUCAAAUUCUAGACUUCUUUGUUGUCCCCGUACUUCCUAAUGAAAUAUAAACUACUGUAUGUUAUUGAGAUUUUAAUUGCUGCAUUAUUGCCUUUUACAAUGCUGUGUUUUGGAUGUAACUAUUCUGUAUUUUUUAUUUAUAUGUAAUAUUCAGUUGGAUUAAGGGUCACACGUUUCACAUAAUUAUGAGAAAACAUUCAGAAAUGUCAAGUAUAAAAAAAAGAAGAAAUUUGGAUCGUUUAAUUGAUGAGAACUAAGAGCACAAGCAGAACUCGAUUGGCCCAUUUGUGUUAAGGCUGUGAAACCUUAGAUCGGACUGCAAUUUCCUUCACGACGUUGGUAUUAUUUAGAGAGCUGCUCUUCAGUUUCAUGGAAACCUUCAACCAAAGACAUGCUCCAUUAGUGAUCAGAUUAGCUAAUUUGGCCAAACAUUCUUUUUGCAUAUCCGUUGUAAGUAAACUUGACUAAUUGAAACUGAUAAAGUCAGUUAAUAGUUCAAUAAAAAUAAAUGACCCAAAUAAGAA